GCCUUCACCAAUCUGCUGACGGAACUCUACCGUGCACUGACACUUCCCACCAUGAACAAGGCGCCUAAACUGUGGGACCUGACGGAUAAAUCGAUCUAAUGAAUACACGUAGCUAAUGCUGCCGUUGAUCUCGGGAGUUGUGUUUCCUUUCUCUGGUAAACUGCCGUCCUCACGACGCCGUUCCACGCUGUCACGAGGUAUUUGGAUGGCAAUCCCGUAACACCGACCAGGGGUUCCAUCGGCGUCCACGACGCUAGAGAGUGGCGCUGCAAUGAUGACUUUGGCAAACACACUUUGCUAAUGCACAGCUGAGGGAGUUUUUCUUGUCUUCGAACAAGUACGCGGCCACUCGGGCCGUGGUUGCUUUGCUCCUGCCAUGCCUCAGGAUCGUGCAGACUGUCCGCCAGAACAGUGUUCCUUGCCGUAUCAACGAGAAUCACCCCGUCAGCGACGUAUCCUCACAAUGACCACAGCAAGCAAGAAGCAGACGAUCCUCAUCGGUCCAUUCCAAUUUCGUCGGAUGCCCCUACUCGAUACGUUCUGCGCUGUUGCCACAGUGGCCUUACGAGAAUUAUGUCGGACUUGCUCCGAGUGUGCCGUCCACCUCUUGCGGUCGAUCAAAUCUUAACUAGUGCACGUGCUUCCUGGAAACGAAUACUUCUUGGUGGCCUGCGGGGCAGGAUUGUUAAGCUGACUCCCGUAGCGGCAAACGAAAUGUGGCGAACGGAUGCCCUGGUCGCCGUCCGGUCUGUGCCAGUCGUUUUGAAUUCAUGUGAAUCCCCUUACACAAGUGUACCACCUGACAAAAACUCGAUGAGAAAGAGUGAAUUCCUUGUGUGCGGCUCUCUUUGUCCCGCUCGCUCUGUCACCUGACCACAGGCCUCUUGGUGCCGGUGGCUUACGUCUACUGUGUUGCCCAAUUAGAAAGUCGACAUGUCCAUCAAGAACCAUCCACGCAACACAUCCAGGAGAUAGGAUGCUCAGUGAAUAUCCAUGAUGACAAGACGGGUGUGUCUCUGAAAGUGUCGACGUGUCUCGCUUCGACAUCUCGGGUGUUGGUAAGAACUGCUGCGGCGUCGCUCACACGCUCCUGCCACUCGCCCAAAUCGUUCACUGCAGCGAUUUUUUUCAACUUCAACAGCAUUGAGCCGCAAACUGAACCAGCGUCUCGAAAACGGCCUGACCUGCUCAGAAACAAUGGAACUUUGCCCCCCCCUUUAAAUGAUUUCGACGUGCGUCUUGUGCGACGCUGCUCCGAAAGUCGAAGGCGAGCCCACUAACCAGAGAAGCAUUCAUUCUGUUGGGUAUCUCUCGGUCCUAGCAUGAUGGAGCUUGGCGCUAGCCGACCGUUUCCCGUGUUUUCUGCUCGUCGCGAAGAAAGCGUUCGUGGGUGAACUGUCUUGUGCAAAUAUCCACCUUUGGUCCUCCUUUUUUGCGUCUUUAUCGUGCUUCCCGGGAUUUAGUUGGCGUUGUCAAACUACCAAAGAUUUGUAGGACUUGGGGGACACCGGCAGCGGCAGCAGCGGCGGGUUUGGGAGGCUGGAACCGGCUGUAAAGUUUUGCGAAUGUGGGUACAGGAUUUCCAUCCAGUGUCUGACUCGGAGGUGAUAAUCCUACAUAUUCUCUCGUUAUUUUCUUGAUACGGAGAACGCUACAGCUGGCUCAGCACAUAAGGUUGUGCCACGGGGACCCUCCUGUAGGGACCAGAUUCUCAAGGUGAACUGGCGAUGAUGAAUACCCUUCCUUCAGUAGGGAAGUAUGGUUCGCUUCCCUCCCCUUUUCUCUCUAUCUUUUAGACUUGAUUUGGCACUUCUCCGUGCCGAUUAUGCCCGGCGAGUCGGUCGCGUUUGUGCGCUUUGCCCAAACCUUGCUAUUUCGAUGCUCGCCGUAGGUCUGCCGAGCGUGUCGGUUUAGUUGGUAUUGACGGCUUGCAUCUCUCCGCUAGACCAGAGAAUUCCAGCCAAGCUUGCACUACCAUUCGGCUCCAUCCUCUUUCCGGUCUAGCUCAGCGACAGUACCGGGCAGUCACCGCGAGCCAAUCGAUAUUUCUUCGUCACCAGUCGCAAAAAUGGCGGCCACGCGCCAGGUUUGUCCGUUUGUGGAGGGUGAAGAACCCUGUGAAGUUAUUACCACAUUUCCAAGCUCUGGUUGGUAUGGGAGUUGCGCUGAAAAGAAGGGAGUCAGUCACGCUGGUUCUUUUAAAGGAGAGGUGACGCCAGUGCUGGCAGACCCCGAGACACAGGCUCUGUUGGGUCCUGCUGCUCUGAAAAAACAUUGUAUCGAGAAAGACGGUAAAAGUGUCUCGGCAAACAAACCGUCGAAAGUGCCCACUGCGAAUCGUGUUAUAAGCAGUCUCAUUGCCAUGCUCCAGGGCGUGGAAGUGCUCUGCAACUUGGCCAUUCUCUACCUCUACAAAGAUGACUUCAGGCUCGACCCCGCCAUCCUGACAGUUGUUAUGGGUGCGCUGAAGGCCCCUUGGACCAUGAAGCCACUCUGGGCGAUGAUGAGCGACAAUUUGCCGCUCUUUGGGUACCGCCGCAAGUCGUACAUUUUCUUGGGUGCCUUUCUGUGCGUUUGCGCGACUGUGGGAAUGGGCCUGGUCGGGGGGUUCAACAUAUGGCUAGCGAGCGGAUUGCUGCUUCUUUACUUCCUUGGAAGCGCUAUAUGCAAUGUCAUUGGUGAGGCUUUGGUGGUUGAGGCGGGUCGAGACGCGUCGUCGGAGGCCGGAGCCGCCAAAACAGUGUCAAUUUUCUUCGCGUUCAGGAAGCUCAGUUUCGCUGUUAUGUCCUAUUUGAGUGGAGUGCUUCUCGAUUAUAUGGACAAGCGGUACGUUUUUCUUGUUGCAACGGCUCUCCCGCUUUCUGUCUUAAUCGCAAACUUCUUCCUGGUUGAGCCGGCAACAGAAGAAUUUGAGGUCCGCGAACAAUUCAAAAGACUCAUUUCUGUCGUCCAGCAACCCGCCCUGCUCCACUCCACUAUUUUCAUUUUUAUCAUGAUGAGCACCCCAUCUGCAGGGUCAAGCAUGUUUUACUUUAUGACGAAUGAGCUUAAAUUCGGACCUGAGCUCCUUGGCCGAAUGGCGCUCUUCCAGUCCAUCGCCAGCCUUCUAGGAAUUCUUACCUACAUGUGGUUCUUCAGCACUGUGAGCCUGCGUAGGCUCCUGCUCUUGUCGACUCUUCUUGUCACCCCCUUCUGCCUGCUUCCCGUUGUCGUAGUCGAACGGUGGAACGUGCAGAUCGGCAUCCCUGACACCGCAUUCGUGGUGACAGACACUGUCCUCAUGGAGUUUAUCGGAGAGUUUCAGGCGAUGCCAAUUCUUGUCUUGGCUGCUCGUCUCUGUCCCCCCGGACUCGAGUCCACAAUUUACUCCUUCCUUCUUUCCGCCUACAACCUUGGCCUCGGUCUUAGCUCUCUGGUGUCUGCCGGCCUCACUGCGGCUUACGGCAUUUCGGCGACGAACUUUACGCACUUGACUUCUUUGAUUAUCCUGUGCGCGGCGACCAAUCUCCUGCCUCUCUGCCUCAUUUGGCUUGUGCCGGACAGAAUCCCCGCCAUCGAAACCGCUGAGUUGAUUGAUCCCUUCACGAGGAGCCCGAAAGCAGCAACGGGCAUCAGCGAGAAUGACGAGAUGGAAGCGUCAACUUGUGCAAACUCGGAUGUGGAGGCAGGCAGCACGCGCAGCCGAAAGUCUCGCGCCGCGUCGCAGGACGACGGCUCGUCAGAUGUGGAGUCGAGGCGACCUGCUUCGUCUCGUUCCACGGAAGAAGACCUCCGUUCUCUCGUCGCAGGCCGUCUCCCUUCGCUGAGCCUCGCAGGCGGAACGGGAGACAGUGCCAUCGACACCUCGGUUCUCGCAGCCGCAAUGGAGAGUGGCGGUUCUGGGGAGGCAGCCUGUCGCUUGAAAGCCGCGAAACAGGCCUAGGGCGCUUGGAGCAAAGAGGCGACAGGCGAAUCAAGAGGCGUGCCUCAUGCCUCGAAGUCUUUGGGGAUUGCGCGCCUGCUUCGGGGAGAAAAACCAUUUUCGUUGCAGAAGGAACACCCUGAGAACGGCAGAGACGAGAAACUCGCAAAUGCCUUUUGAGGAAGUGUAUCUCCGAGGGGGUCUGGAACACGCGCUCUGGGAGUCCGCGACGGGAGAUGCCGGCCUCGAGAGCUAGAGAGAAAUGCGGCAAGACGCGCCAACUCGUUUUUGUGGCCAGGUGCGUGCAAAGCUGGCGCAAAAUGGUGAAGGCAUGUCGAGGAAGGACCCCAGGAAGCGGAUUUCCAACACUGUCAGACAGACCUGCGAAUAUUGAAAGGCGUAGGGCGAUUCGUUGCGACGCACCAAGCCUGUGUGGACAAACGCUGCCCCACGUGGUGCUCUCAUGCGUGCGUGGUGACUUCUAUUUGAAUGCUUUUCGGAUGUGGAUUCGUGACCGAAUAUCCGGGCGGAGAGUCUUGUCGAGAGAACUCGAAACACUCGCGGAAUCCUGAGAGGCUACUCGAGACGCCAAAGGAAGUUUCUCUGAGGUUCACGAAGAGCCUCUCGCCGCAGGGGAGGCAGCGAGCGUCGCUAGGAGAGAGGGGUCGGCUUCUGAGGGUGCCGUGGAUCGAUUCCUUUUUUUUCGAGCCGACGUUUGAGACGAAAUGGGACGUGCAUCGGUCAGUCUAUAAUAAACUCACAUACGUUUGUGUAUGUAUGCAUGUGUAUGCAUACAUAUGUAUAUAUGUUGUGUAACUUAUGCAUGCUUAUUUCUGUAUAUGAGGCGUACGUGUUUUCUUUCUAUCUCUUUCCUGUCCGUUUCUGCGUACGGAGUUUGUGAAUGCAGCAGACGAGAGGAGAGGGAGUUUGUGCGGAACGAACGUUCAUCUGUGCUCGCGUCGAUGCGAAGAAGUCACAAGAGGGAGACUCUUUUUUCAGGUUGUCUGCUUCUCGGUAGAAAGGACAGAGGCUCCGUCUCUCCUCUCUUCUCAUCGUGUUCGUUCCCAAAAUCUAAACGUACAUUGUUUCCACGAAACCUACAACUGCACCGAAACGCGUUUGUCGGUAACGCGUGGAUCUCUGGCAGAUCCGGGGGCAUCUCUCGAGGAUUAUACACAUGCAGCUGUCGAAAGGUUUGGAAAUUUUCGGCUUCGUGUCUGAAGUGAGACGGAGCGAAAGGAGAAGCGACAAAGAAACACAACCGCCGUUACAGAUUGUGAGCUUCUCUAGUCAAGACGAUGCUGCAGCGGCGGCGAGGAAAAGUACAAGCAUUAAACGGAACGGCACUAAAACGGACGGACACCGCACUCGCAGCGCAGUGUGCAUCUCCUUCUGUACAUAUGUAGUCCAAACAUAGUAGAACGUUUGAGAAUUUUUAUGGAAGUAUAUUUGUCUCUAUACGAAUAUGUAUCAGAAGUGCGACACACGCCCGUUGGUGACGAGCUGCUCCAGCGAGCUAGAGAGGACAGGAGUCUGUGAAGCUUCGUCUCGAAAUGCAGAGCUCUUUUGAGCUUUCUUGUCAAUCUUUCCAGGUGGGGGGCAGCUUGGUUGGGUUCAUCGAAACGCGUCAACGGCUUUUAUUCGAACAUGCCCGUGCAUGCACACACAUGUGCGUGCCUGCUCUUUUACACGGGUAUGCCUUCAUUUGUUCUGCGGCUCGAUAUAUAUAUGGCAUUGCCCUCACUGCACAGCAUGAAAGUGGCUAGGGGACUGUGGCUCUUUGAAUGGCACUCGUUUGUGUUGCUGCCGGCUUCAAGUUUUCGUGAGUCGGAGACAAGAAGCGCCCUCGGUGUUGAGAAGGUUCGAUCCGCUGGGUCUAACGAAGAAGCGAACGAAUUCGGCAUCGACUGAACUUAUUUGUGUUCGCUGCAUGCAAGCGAGAGAAGAGACCCGGCGAGUCCCCCCCCUCUCCGGCGGCUCUGAAAGUUCGCCCAGCGAAGCGACGCACCGAGCGCCAGGCGCCGACACCACAGAAGGUUCGAGAGACAGAGAGAGACAGAGAGAGACCGAGCAGGACGACCGAGGCAGAAGAAGUCAAGAGGAAAAGACAGGCGAAGCAGAUGGCAAGUCGGGGAAAAGAGAAAAAGUGGAGAGAGAAAGGGUGAAGCGUGGUAGAAAAACAAGAGCCGUUGAGGGAGAGGAUCUCUUCUAAAGCCGAGUCUUCGUUCUCUGUUUUCGACUCGCUUUCGAAUCCCAAGCGUCCAGCAGCGCGUCUCGCUGUGCAGGUUCCAAGAGUUUCCGCGCCACUUGCAGCGGCGGCAGGACAGCUCCAACUCGGACGUUGAUCUGAACAAAGAGAGAAACAACCUCCAGAAUGCGAUGCUAAACCCACACGCAGCGCAACAUUUGAAAGACGAAAUCCUUUUACGAGAGGCAACAGCAGAGACACAGGCGUCUCUGAAUGCAAGCGACUAACCGCUGGAUGGGUGGGUAGUCCCAAAGCUCUUCCGCGCCAGUCCACCGCUUCUCCCUCUUUCUCACUUCUGCCCUCCCUCGUUCCGCCUCCCUUCCCAGCUUGUAUAUAAAUGUUGGUUUUUCAAAGAUACGCUGGAGAUACCACUAUACUUCAUGCACUUAACAUGAAAUGGUCAUGAAGAGCACAAUAGAACUUGGAUGUAUCUUGCUCAUUUUGUUGCUUGCACUUUGCGCGGCGCCUACUUUCGGAGCGAUGAGUCGGUUGAAAACCGCCGAUGUAUUCCAUUCCGGACCUGUGGGGUGGCGCAAAGUCGACUCAUACUGGUCCUUCGCAGUGUACGGCCGCGGCAACUGCGAAAAGGAAAGAACAGCGACAAACGAAGACAGGGACAGGUGCACAAAGGGGACGAAAAGGAGCCUACAGGCCGGCGCACCAGACAAGGAACGACGAAACAAUGCAAAGGACAGAGAACAAGAACAACCAACAAGAAGAGCA